GAAGUUUGUGAAAAAACCGCGAAGCAAAGAUAAUUUUCCCUGGGUCUUGGAUGUGUCAAGUGAUCUUCUUGAUCAGAAAUUCAAUUACGUCGUCGGUUGUCAUCUACCUACACCCAUGGAUUAUCUCCAUCACCUUCACAACCUUGAAUUGCUAAGAGAGCUACCUUUGCCAAGACCACGUCGUGGGCUACGGGAUGCUAGAAAUCCAUUGGAAUCGUACGAGGAUGGGCCAUUUCGAGAUCGGUAUCGACUGUCAAAAGAAACCGUCAUUUACAUCAUCAACAUGCUGGAAGCAGAAUUGAAGAGGGACACACAGAGGAAUGAUCCACUUCCCGUUUAUUUGAAGGUGUUGACGGCUCUCCGUUUUAAUGCGGUGGGAUCAUUUCAAAAGAUGCAUGGUGAUGAGGCAGCAAUAUCACAGUCAUCAAUGUGUCGAAUCAUCAAAGAUGUGUCGGAAGCUAUAGCAACAAGGAAGAGGCAAUACAUGAAGUUCCUUCGACAAGAGAUGAAGUUGAAGCAACUCAGCGACAGUUCUACCAGUACUGCAGAUUUCCAGGAGUGAUAGGUGCAAUUGAUGGGACACAUGUCUACAUCAGGAGCCCUGGUGGGGAUCAGGCAAUAUACUUCCUCAACAGGAAGAAUAGAUACUCGAUCAAUGUACAGGUUGUUUGUCAUCAGGCUGGGAAAAUAACAAGCAUCGUUGCCAGAUGGCCUGGCAGCACACCUAACUCCGCAACCGUAAGUCACUUUUCAACCAAACUUGGAUGGUAGAUGUACUUAGGCGACCUGCAUGUUAUGCUGCAGUUGGAGGUCACAUGGUAAGGUCAAAGUGUUCCACAAUGGACAUAAGUUUUUGUAGAAAUGUACAAAACCCGACGGUGCUCUCACUCCAUGAUGUGUCUCUGUAUCGUAGCAAUACUUUGUAAUUACUUGGUGUCUAUAUCCAGUCGGAUUUGAAAUGGUCUACACAUGUUGGAUAUAUGGUCAAGCGCGCAAAUAGUCGUUUAUAUGUUCUUCGCACUUUGAAAUAUCAUAGUCUGUAAUUUCAGGACCUUAUAGUUGUAUAUACUAGUUUCGUGAGACCAGUUGUUGAAUAUGCUGUACCUGUAUGGUCAGGAGCACUAACAAAACAACAAGUACAAGUCAUCGAACGUAUUCAGAAACGUGCCCUUAGAAUCAUUUUUGGAGCAGCAUAUUCUUCAUAUGAGCAUGCUUUACUCCAGUCAAAACUGAUGUCUCUUGAAGAUAGACGGAUCAAACUCUGUCUUGCGUUUGCGAAGUCUAUGCAAAUCCCCACGUCUAAACUGUAUCACCUUCUACCUCAAAAUAGGACUUGUCAAUAUCAGACUAGAAGCUUGGCCGGAAUAGUAGAGAUGCGAUGUCGAACUUCACGAUAUAGAAAUAGCCCCUUGCCCUCGUUGAUUCGGCACCUUAACUCUAAAAGAAUUGAUUACAAGGAGUAGUUGUUUUGUAUAUAUCUUCCCCCAUCGUUACAUGUAUAAUAAUAUCAAACUAAGAAUGGCUGAGAAUUAAAGAACUCAUCAUUCAUUGGACUCUUAAAAUGUGAUAUCAUUAAAAGAUUGUUGUUUUUUGUAAAAUGCAGAUUACAUAAUAAUUCUAAUGUUGAGUUCUCUUUAUGUUGGCGAACUCAAGUUUCAUUUCAUUUUACUUUGUUAAUCAAAAUAUUUUUCUUUCAUAUGAGCAAUUAUUCACUGAUAUCUAGUCGUAAACUUAAUAUUUGAAUUGAAGUCACAAAAAAUGCCAAAAUAUGUAUUAUUGCAGCAUGUAUGAAAAAAUGUGACCUAAUUGCUUCUUCGCCCUUUUCUCUCUGUUUCCCUUCCACCAUCAAUUUCUUAUCUUCUCUCUCUCUCUCUGCCUCUCUUCUCUCUUCCACUAUUUCUAUUCCUUUCUGCUUUCCAAUUCAUUUCCUCUAUCCACACAUAUUUACAUGUAUUUUGAAUAUAUAUAUUUUUUUUAUUGAUCAGUGAGUAUCGAUUUAAAUUUAUUUAUGAUAUACUGUACUUUGUUACAUAUAUGUCUAUAUUGAAAUUUGUUCGUAGUACUAUAAGUUUUUUUACCUUGUUAUUGAUGAUUUUGUUUGAAAUGUAAACUUUCGCAAUUCGGCUUUUGCCGCAAAGAAAGGAUUUUUAAUAAACCAUUUUGAAUUGAAUUGAAUUUUCAGGUCAACAUUAAAGUUUAUGUGCAAGGCUCUUAUGACAAGUGUUAUUCCAUCCCAGUCAUUUCACAAUGAAGUUUCAAUACAAUUAUGUUGUGUGCCCUCCCAAAUCACGAUAUUUCUGCAUGAUUGGGCGAGACACAAUCGCUUUUGCCAUGUUUUAUUCUAGAAAUAGUAAGCUUAGUAUGAAAAAAAUUAUUGAAAAAAGCUGGCCCGAUUUGUCCAGGUCAGAAAAGGGCAACACAAUUUUUGUUCAGGCCUUAAGUGAAUGCAUUCAUACAAUCUACCAUGUGUUUGGGAGUUACAUGUUUAAAUAGCAAAUCAGCGUUCCUAUUGUAAGGUAUCUACUGAUUAAAAAAUAUCUGUUAAAAAUUUAUGAAUUCUGUAAACUUGUUUUUUUUACGGAAAUGUGUAAAUUUACAUGGGAAUUUUGUAAAAGUACGUUAAUUUUACGAAAAAGGAAUCCGUAAAAUUACGGGUUAAAAAAAAAAAUUCCGGCAGCAAAAUUUCCGGACAAUUUUUUUUUUUCCGUUAAUUAUUUAUACGGAAUCAUGUUAAUUUACGUAAAUUUUCUGUAAAAUUUCCGUAAGUAAAAUCUGUAUUUUACAUGGGAAUUUUGUAAAAGUACAGUAAUUUUACGAAAAAGGAAUCCGUAAAAUAACGGAUUAAAAAAAAAAAUUCCGGCAGCAAAAUUUCCGGACAAAUUUUUUUUUUCCGUUAAUUAUUUAUACGGAAUCAUGUUAAUUAAUGUAAAUUUUUUGUAAAGUUUCCGUAAAUAAAGUCUGUAUUUUCAAGAAUUGUAUUUUACGGAAUCUUGUAAAUUUUACAUAACUUUUCCACAAAUUACCACUUUCUGUAAAUUACGGAAAAAAAAAAGUCCGGAAAUUUUGCUGCCGGACUUUUUCCGUUAAAAAACUGAAAUUUUUCUAACAGUG